AUCGAGGAACUUGAGGCUUUGGAGCGAGCAGCCGAAGGGCAGCGAGCUUCCUCGGUCGCUCCUUCUUCCUCCGCUGUCGUGUCUCCCUCUGGUUAGUCUGGUUUGGAUUUUUCUGCCCUCGAGGGUCUGGAAUUCCCUGGUUUUGGCGAUGAAACUGUUCAAGUUUCUAAUCGCAAUUCGUCAAGUGUUUGAGUGGUUCCCACGUGUUAUCUACGUGUUCGUAGCCUUUCCAUUUUACUAAAUACUUGUACUGACUAUCCACUCGUUGUAGGUCUAAGAUUCGUUCUACCUCGUAGAUAUCUUCUUCCUCGAGUUCUAUGGGUCGUGUUUGGAGUUUGGCAUUAGCAGGUGCUAGUUCUAGGAGUGAUACGUGGAAAACUGGGUGUAUCUUCAUUCCUUAUGGUAAUUCCAACUCAUAAUUGACUUUUCCUUUAACCUGUUUGAUUCUAAAGGGGCCGAUUUUCUUGUGGUCUAGUUUCUUGUUAGGUCUUUUUGUUUUGAGGUUUUU